UUUCGAAACAAGAAGCUGUCGGCGGUUGGCCGCGCACUAGCCGGAGGCACUUGUCAUUCAGUUGCGCAUGCGCAGUUGUGGGACGCGCUCGCUUUGAUACAUAGAACUUUUUUCGCGCGCUUUACCAGUCGGAUGUAUUCUUUUUAAGUUUUUUACUCCAGUGAUUUUAGUGUAAAGGUGCGCUACACAGGACGGAAUUACGGUUGGAUGAGUCUCCCCUCCUGCAAUAUCGUGAUGUGUUAUGUUAGUGAUGUGUAGAAAGUGAAUCAGCGACAAAGGAUUACAGUGAUUAUUUGGAUACAUUUGUGAGAAUUCGCGUAUCGUAAUAUUUAUGUGUAUUUGGCUGAAAACUAUUCGUUAAUGAACCAUAAAAUAAACAAAAAAACACCACAAAAUGUCAGCGACUGCGACCAGUCACGUCAAAUCAUCUAACUCAGCCAACAUACUGAUGUGCAAGCAAUGGUGGAAGGUAUGUUGGAUGUAUGGAGACCAAGAGAAGUACUACAGACAAUUGUAUGGUAAAAGGAAGCAGGCAAACACCAAUUAUGCCUUCAGCGAAGACACUAAACGCCCUGGAGCCCAAACAACAGAACUCACAGACGACUUCUUUGAUGGAAACUGCUCUCCGAUCGAACCGGCUCCAGAUGAACUCAGUUUUGAUACAGAACCUGUGUACCAAACUUGGCAAAAGGACCAAAGACGACAGCCUAUUAACUACGAAAUAAAUGCCACUGAUCUAGAUAAGCUUUGUAUUAGUGAUAGCAUUAAGACUAUGCUGCAGAAUGGUCUACCUCAGGAUGUGGGUGACUAUAAAGAGGAGAUUAUGGGAAAAAAGGCGCUUGAUAGAAGUAAGAGGGAAAAUGUGGCUGCAGAUACAUCUGCAUCUAUUGAUGGUAGAGAAAACUUCAAAUUGCAAAGGUCUACCAAGGCUGGUUCAUUUAAGGUGAAGGAAGUACUUGAGCCACAUCGUGAGGUGAAAAGUCUGGCUGAUCCGGCGAGGUUCUUGGGGAUCCGGGUCACUAAGGACACUUUAGGUGAUGUCCGACAUUCUACUUGUAAUGAACCUGUUUGCCGAAACUGCGUGGUGUCACCGACGGGCUCAUCACCGCCUCCCCUGCAAGAGCAGCCUAUAUCACCUCCACCGCCAGCGCCUUCAACGCCACUCACAUCACCGAGGCAAUCCCUCCCCUCCCCGCAGCCGAGCCACAGUGGAUCCUCAGCACCGAGUCACUCGCCCCAUCCAUAUUCCUAUCCUAACUUUCGAAGAAGUCAACCAGUUCAGGGUCACUACCCUGAGUACAACCUUCUUCACAGCCAUAGUGCUUCCCAAUUGAAUCAGAACUAUCCUCCAGCUGUGAGUUACCAAGGACAGUCAAGCCAAGCGCAGCCAUACCCUCUAUCCCCUCAGUCAGCGAUGUCGCUAUCCCCCCAUCCAGUGCCUCAAGGGAAGUUCAGGGGUCUACUAGAACACGCUGAACGGUUGAUGAAACCAGUGGAUCCUCAUCGGCAUUCUCAAAGCGACGACGAUUCCGGAUGUGCUUUGGAAGAGUAUACGUGGGUUCCGCCUGGAUUGAGACCAGAACAGGUCCAUCUUUACUUCUCAGCACUUCCGGAAGACAAGGUCCCGUACGUGAAUAGCGUAGGGGAGAGGUACCGCCUCAAGCAACUACUUCAACAACUUCCACCUCAAGAUAAUGAGGUUCGGUACUGCCAUGCUUUAUCUGAUGAAGAGAGGAAGGAGUUGAGGCUGUUCAGCGCACAGAGGAAACGCGAGGCCCUGGGUAGAGGACAGGCGAGGCAGCUCCACGCAUCGGCGCCUUGCGAGAGGUGCGAGGAGUCCAUGUCAUCUGGUGACAUGUGCGUGUCUGCUGCCAGGGCGGGACCCGCGGCGCGGUGGCAUCCCGCGUGCUUCGUCUGCAGCACGUGCCAGGAAAUAUUAGUCGACCUGGUCUAUUUCUGGAAGGAAGGAAGAUUGUACUGCGGGAGGCAUCACGCUGAGACCUUGAAACCGAGAUGUUCUGCUUGUGAUGAGAUAAUCCUGGCGGACGAGUGCACGGAGGCGGAGGGGCGCGCGUGGCACAUGAAACACUUCGCCUGCGCGGAGUGCUCCAAGCAGCUGGGUGGGCAGCGGUACAUCAUGCGCGAGGCGCGCCCCUACUGCCUGCCCUGCUUUGAUGGCUGCUUCGCGGAGUACUGCGACGCGUGCGGCGAGCCCGUCGGCGUGGACCAGGGACAGAUGUCGCACGAGGGACAGCACUGGCACGCCACGGAGCGCUGCUUCGCCUGCCACACCUGCCACGCCAGCCUCCUGGGUCGCCCCUUCCUGCCGCGUAAGGGAGCGAUAUUCUGUUCCAUAGCCUGCUCUAAGGGAGAACCUCCGACGCCAUCCGACUCGUCGGGACCCGGACCUCGCCCGCCGCGCGUCGCUCGACCUAGGCGGCUUCCUUCACCCAAGUCUCCCUCGCGCACGCCGCAAAGAGAGCCCUCUCCUCAUAUUGACGCUGAUUCUGAACCUAGCGGCUCAUUAGCACCGGAGUCGCCCCCGCCCCACCCUCCGCCACCGCCUCACGCUUGUCUGAGCUUGGACCGAGCAUUAGCAGACUUAAGACUAGAGCAGUCAAUGACGGAGCGACAAAUACAACCCACCCCAACUUCAGACGUUCAGAAAGAAGAGUCCCCUAGCGACUGGAAGCCGCCGCACCCCGUCGAGGCUCAAGCAGUGGUGACCCCGGGGCACUCGUCAUCCAUGCCAGAACUAAUGUUAGUAGACGGUAAGAAAUCCCCUCGAAAGCCUAGAGGAGGCCGGACGGUUAGAUUCUGCGGAGACGACAACGAAGCGUUCGAGCCGGAUGAGCCCGUGAGGAAAGAGAAGGUCCGAGACGAGGACGCGAGCAGCUACUGCAGCACCUGCUCGUCUUCCUCUUCUUCGACGGAGUCGUACACGCUGCCGGCGCGGAGGGCGUACGGCGGAGUGCGGAUCUCCUACGUGCCGAACGACGCCGUGGCCUGCGCCAAGCGAGAGCGGCAGCGGAGGAACGGACCCCACGACAAGAACUGCAUCAUCUCGUGAUAGCAGCGACACCCCCCAGCGACACACACCUCCGAUAUAAAGACUGAUAGUAAGGCUAUAGCCCGACCUGCCAUAGUAUUGUAAGUAGCCCCGCGUCUUCCGCGACCGCCACCGUGAACCGUCUCAACUGAGUGUUGGAUCAUUCCACAUUGCCCUGUACUUUAAAUUUAUUCUGUCGCCCUUCCAUUUUUCAUUACAUCACAGAUUGCAGAUUGCAGAUUGCAGAGAAUUGCAGAUUUGGUAAUUUAACAAAUGUAAUGAGGCAAUAUUUAUUCGGUAUCUGGUAAAAUGUGAUUAUAACAUUAGCUGUAAUGUAUUUGUUAGUGCGAACGCUUCUAGACAUAUCCCAUGCUUCGUCUUGAUUACAUAUCUGAGCGCACGGCUCUCAGAUAAAUAAUUUACUUUUGUUUAAGUUUGAAAGUACAAAUACGUAAAGAAAAAUUUUAUUUUUUUAUAAAUAAACUUUUGUACCGAGUGUUCAUAUUGUAAAUAAUUUAGGUCUACGUGAAAACUUCAAACUAAAUUAGGUAUAUAAAAUAAGAAAUGGUUGCGAAUAAAAGUAUAAAUUUAGAUGUUUUUACAAAAUUAUGAACAUGGUUUGGCUAUCCUAAUUAUGUAUUAAUAACAGAUUUUUGAUGUUGCGUUAGUGUUGUGUUGUUAGUGUGGUCCACGCGCUCCUCUUUGUGGACCACUACUCACAAGACAUAAAGAAAAGUAGAUCAACAGAUAAAUAAAAAUUAUGUCCGUCGACGCAUUUUUUUCAUUGCUCUAUGUGGUUUGACAAGUUCCCAACCCCCGGGCUACCGCUGCCUAUAGACAACCCCCCUCAAAGCCAUCUAGCUUGAGACAUGACGUCGGCGUCUCCGUUCUAUUGCACAACGACCCUCCCAUCCCGCGAGGACUGCUUCAUGACAGAAACAGCCAGGACAUCGGACAACCGCAGGGUCUACAAUUAGCACAAACAUUUGAAAUUAAAUUUAAAAAAUAUAUUUGAAAUUUCAGUUCAAACUGGUGUUUACGUUAUUUAUUAAACUUUUUCAUUUUUAUUUAUUGAAGUGUAGAAGUUGUUGGCGAUCUACAUGCAGACGACCAUGCACAUUACAUGACAUUCAAAUUAUUAUUUCAAUAACAAACACACCUUGAGUAAACUCAAACAUCUCUAAGUUCAAAUAAAUGUAAAUUGGCAAACAGAAAUGGUAACAAUAAGCAUUGUCCAAUAAUUGCCUCAACCGGCAUGCACACCCGAAAUAAUGUUAAAUACAAAUUAUAAUGUACCGGAUUUUGUCAACAGUUAUUAAUGUUAAGAGAAAUAAAAGAGUUUUUUGUA